CAAAAACCAACUAGUCAUUUUAUAAAAAGCCCCGGUUUUGAUUUAAACCUAAGGUAAUCCGGAAGAAACGAUUCGAAUAUUAUAAAAUAAAAACUUUAACAAAUUGGUCGAUACGUAUUGAAAGGAUCGAUUGUCAGACGAAUCGAGGAAAGGCGCGUUUGACGGAGGUUGCCACGCGCCAGGUAAGAGGCGAAGUGUCAAAAGCUCGUGAAAGUGAGAAAAAAACCAAGAUUUUACCAUGGAAGAGUCCAAGGCUGGCGAUUUGUUCGCAGAAGGCGUCGUCAAACACUACGAGCCGGAGUUGAAAAAAGUCGAAAAGCAGUUGAACGAAUUGACCUCUAAACAAAGUUCAUUACUUAAGGAAUUGCAAAAAGAAAAUGUCAAAUUUUCUUCUAUCGAUAUCACUGAACUCACAUCAUUGUAUCAAAUGAUGAAAGAGUAUCAUUGUAGGCUUAUAGCGAUGAAGAAGGAUAUUUUGGCUGCUGCUGAAAGAUCAGAAAAGCUGAAGAAUCGAGCGAUGAAACUUAAAGAAUACAAACAAAACAUCGCACUAGAAAAUGCACAUUAUAGAGAAGCUCAAAUGAAGAGGGAGCAGGACCUGAUUGGAAAACCAGGCCAACCAUUAUGACAAACAUGUCUAAAUAUAAUUUUUUUUAUACAAAUCAUAUUAAUUGUUUUGUAAAUAUUUGAAUAUUCCAUUUUGUAAAUUCACAAUUUGAUUGUAUUUUCAAUACUGUUAGCUUAAACCCAGAUCUAGUAACAUUUUUUCCAAUUAACAGAUGAACAUUUUAUAUUUUUCAACAUCGCUACUUGAAACUGUUUUGGGUAUGACUAACAAAGCUUUUGCGAAGUCCUUGAGCCUCACACUCCGGAUAGAUACCUAAAUUUAGAAAGUUAUGAAUGAAUAACUUUAUUUUCAAAAUUAGAACCCUGUAUAAUACCUUGUCUGGUGGUAUGCUUGAAAGAGGCCCUUUGAGACAUCCGAGCGUUUCAGAAGUGCAAGGAAGCCAUUUUGAAUCUUUAAAAACCGAAAUGUUAAAUUUAAAAAAAAAA